AUGGCUGCCGCCAGCGACAAGGCGCGUUUCUUUCUCGAGCAGUCGGUUCCUGAACUUAAGGAGUACGAGCGCAAAGGCAUUUUCAGCGCCGAGGAGAUCACGAGCAUCGCGCGCAAACGAUCCGACUUCGAACACAAAAUCAACGCUAGGGGUUCAACUCCCACCGACUAUGCUCGUUAUGCAGAAUUUGAGAUCAAUGUCGAUGCUUUGAGACGCAAAAGAGUCAAGAGACUCGGAAUCAAGACGACAGCACAUAAUGGCAAGCGCCGCGUCUUCUUUGUCUUUGACCGCGGCACUCGAAAGCAUCCGGGUGACGUUGGUCUGUGGAUGGAGGCUAUAAACUACGCACAGAAGCAAAAGGCAUAUAAAAAGCUGCAAGAGAUGUUCACAAAGGUACUCCGACUACACCCCACCAAAGCGGAUUUGUGGAUCAGCGCGGCGCAAUAUUCGUUCGAAGAAAAUGGUGACAUGACAGAAGCGCGAAGCUACAUGCAGAGAGGGCUUCGAUUCUGCAAAGGAUCAAGAACAAUGUGGCUGGAAUACGCGAGGCUUGAGAUGUUGUACAUUGCCAAGAUCCAUACAAGGCGAGAGGUUUUGGGCAUCACCACCGCUAAACGAGAAUCACCACAGCACGAGGAGGAGAAUGAGGAUGUUUUGCGGCUACCCAGACUGACAGCGAUGGACAUCAACCCGGAAGGAGAAGAACACGAGGUAGACACGUCUGCCCUAGAGACGCUCGAGUCUACUCCUGCUCUGAGUGGCGCCAUUCCCAUCGCAAUCUUCGAUGCUGCCAUGGCCCAAUUUGAAGACCCACAAUUUGGACUCGAGUUCUUCAACAUGCUGCUCAACUUCGAGGAUAUUCCAGCCUGCAUCAGAGUCGCAGGCCACGUGGAGGCCGCCUUAUUGAGAUACCACCCUCAACAUUGGGCAGCCCAAGCCUGCCAUAUUCAAAUGACUGUGGUCUCAAUCACUCCGUCCUCACCGAAUUUUCCUCCCGCUUUUAGGCAGGCACUGGCACGGUUGAAGGAAGCGCGCAAAAAGGCAAACAGUCCCGAGCUGCUGGCCUGGGCCAAACUUUGGCUAGCGAAGCUCAUGCAGACAGAGGAUCUGGACCCAGGUCUCAAGAUGGUGGGGGAGUCGGUCGCCAGGUCUCUCGGUGCGACGGACGCAGCUUCGUAA